UAGUGCGACCCUAUUGUAAUUGAGGUUUUUGCUUUGUACAUUUCUCACAGCUGAUCACAAUUAAAAAGAUGGCUGAACUGAUGGACGCUAAGUUAAAAAAAGAUAAAAUAAGGCGGCGGGAAAAACCUAAUAAGAAAUGGACAGCAGAAGAAGUGGGUCAAGUUCUUAACUAUUUGCUGGAGCAUCCGUCGUUUGAAGUAAUUUGCAGCUAUUCCGAUUUUGUUUGUUUAUAUUUAUUGAAACAGGUAUCUCAGCAGAUUGGAAUUUAGUACGGUGGAAAGUACGCAUCAUGCGCACCGCAUACAACAAAGCAGAACAGUGGAGAAAUGGGACAGGCGCCGGCCUAUUAGAGGAACAAGGUAUCGAAAGCAUUGAACGAAA